AUGUCCACCACCAUACCCUCCUCACACCAGACCUUCCUCACCAACGCCCUCACUCCAUUAUUAACCCACAACCGGAAGUUCAGGACAAGGUCUGUUUCUAUCCCUUCACUCAAAACUACUGUCUGCUGCACUUCCCCACAACAUGACCAACAGCACCAACCUCCAAGCAAAAAGAAUGAGAACAAGUUGGCAAAGUUAGCACUGGUUGCAGUGGCCGCUGGGGUGUUAACAUUUGGGUCAGUUCAGGAGGCAUCAGCCGCCAAGACUGGUGGUAGAAUUGGUGGCCAGGCCUUCAAGUCAGCAGCUCCACGCUCCUCACCAAGAAUCAACAAUUCCAGGACCAAUAUCUAUGUAAAUCCUGGAGUGGCACCUCCACUUGUUGGUGGUUAUGGCUAUGGUUAUGGUGUGCCAUUCUAUGGUGGCUGGGGAUGGUCUCCAUUUUCAUUCUUUGCACCAGGUCCCAGCGUAGCUGUAGGCGUUGGAGGUGGAUUUGACACUCUUCUUCUGUUUAUGUUUCUUGGUGCUGCUGCUGCAGUUGUGAGGAAAUUCUUUGGGUCAAGAAAUGAAGAUGAUGAUGACUACUAG